AUGAUCGCUUUUUGGUGUUUUUCUUUUUCUUUUAAUUAACCAACUAUUUCUCACCUUGAUUGUAAAAUCUUUUUGGUACAUAGAGUAAAUCGUCAACCUGUAAAGUGAAUUAGAAUCUUUUCUUAUACAUAAACAUCAACAAAAUUUCAAAUCAGCCAACAAAUUUUCAUCUUUUUGUCUACAACAAAGGAGAUAAACCAAAAGUAUCCAAUGAGUUGUUAUUUAGGAUAAUUUUGAUUCUCUCUUUGUCUAAUUAUUUCUGUUUUAAUUGUGCUUUUUACUGUUUAACUAUUGGUGUUAUUAGAAGGUUUAGAAUGUUGAUUAAUUAAAUCUACUCAUUCACACAGUAGCUGUUAACUAAUCCUUGGUACCAUUUAAAUCUUGUUGAUAUGUCGACCACCAAUAAGAAGAAAAAAUUUUUCAACAAAAGUCAAGAUUCAGUGAAAAAAACUUACUUCAAUGCUCGGAAUUUUUUCAAAUCAGAUUUUGAUGAAAGUGGUUCAACCUUAGGUGGUGAUGAAUAUGGUUCAUUUGAUAAAUCCCAUAAGAACAGUAGUAGUAGCGGUAAAUCAUCAACCUCUGGUUUAUAUGAAUCAUCUUGCUCCUCUUCUUCUGGUAAUAACACUGGUGGAAAUGGUAACGGUGCUGGUGGCUCAUUAAAUUCAACUCGAAACGGUACUUCUUCUUCUUCCCAUCAUUCAUCCUCCCAUGAUCCAACAUCUUCACAAACCUCAUCGUCAACCUCAUCUUCAUCAUCUUAUCGUCACCAUUCUCAUACAUACCAAUCACACUCUUCUUCUCAUCAUGAAAAUGAUGAAGAUGAUUAUAUUAGAUUAAGAAGAGUUAAAAAGGCUCAUCAAUGUGCUGAAUUGGGUGAAAGGGAAGAGUUUGAUGGUGAUAUUAAAUUUUAUCUUGAUGGACUGAGCCGUGUUAAUAAUAUUAAUACAAGGUGUCUAAGUAUCCUUGGUCUGGCUAAUCAGUGUCAACGAGCUGAAUUCAGAAUGCAUCUUCGAGCUCAUGAUGACAUGCCAAAGAUAAUUAGUGCCUUAAUGGAUGGUUGUUCAAAUCCUAAUUUAGCUCUUUGUACCUCAGCUCUUAUGUAUGUUUAUAAUCAAGAUCGGAUGACCAUGGACAUAGACCCAAAUGCUUUGAGUUUAAUGUUGGAACUUUUGGAAACUCGAACCGACGAGGAAGAAGAUAGUGUUGAUAAAAAUUACAAAGAAAAAGUGAAAAAAUUAUGCGAAGAGAUGAAAACCAAAGGCCAUGGAAAAUUUCUCAAUCUAAACAAUAUAACAGCCGGUAAAUUGGCAUUGGAAGCUUUACUUGGUUUAACAUCUAAAAGAGCAAGUGAAUGGUGUAAAGAAGAAUUGAGAAAUCUUAAAGGAAUUGAUUUCCUAUGUAAUCAAAUUAUCGAAGAAUCAACCAGUUUAAUUCGUGAUGAUAUUGUCUGGGAGGAAGAGAUUGUGGAUAAAGGAUUACUUCAUAAAAUUGAGAGAACCUUAAAGGUUAUCGAGAAUGUUACAUUUAUGAACCAAGAGAACCAAAAUUAUAUUAUUGAAUAUCAAGGAGGUAAAUUUAUCCGUCGCUGUAUUGAAUUAAUCAAAUAUCUCAAGAACAGUAUAAUCUUCAUAACGGAAUCCCAAUCCCAAUUGUCCACUCUAUUGUCCAUAUUGAGAGUAUUAACCAACCUUACCUCAGAAUCAAGUGAAGGUUGUUACAAAGUUGGCUCAUUUACCGGAUUAUUUCAACUUCUAUUGGAAUGUUUAUUUGAACUACCUUCAUUUACUGUUCCAGAUUCUCGAUUUGACCUAAUAGUACUUUUAUUGUGCCUAGAGAUCAAUUUUGUUGAAUACUGUGUAAACAUAAGAGAAGAGCUAAUGGAUAGCGCUUUCAAGGUUAAACGUUUAAUCGCUAUAUUUGAAGAGAGAUGCGAAGAAGCCGAAAAAACCGAUAAAGAAGCCGACCUUUUACUGGAUUCACACCAAGACAAACCACUGACCGAAGCCAUGCAAGAUACACUAUUAAAUCAGGUUCUAGCUCAAUCUGGUAAACACAUGGAACAUUGUAUAAUAGCUGCCUGCAUAUCAUUACUCAUUGGUUGCGGUAUAAAGGAGAAUAUGCAGUAUUGCGACAUGAUUAAGAAUUUUCUACCUUCUCAAGGAUUUGAGAAAAUGAUUGAUGUUCUCACCAAGCUUCAUGAAUUUACUCAUUUAGCCGACAUAAUGACCCCAAGUGGAGUUAGGAGGGUGGAAAGAAUCUUAGCUCUUUUUAAAUCAACCAAAACAACAGAGAAUUCGUCAAAUAACUCUACAGAAGAAGAUAAAGAUGAAGAUCCAGACCCAGAUACUGAUUCAUGAGAAUAUCCAUCGUCCAAGGAGUAUAUUCACCUACUAAAAUCUCCGUCUUUUUCCUCUCCCUUUUCCUCUGGUCUUCUUCUUUCACUCUCUCUCUCUCUCUCUUUUGUUUCUCUCCAUGUAUUUUUCUUUCUUUACCCUUUGUGAUCGCUUUAUGAUUAUCGAAGAUCCUAUCAUUCACCCUAUCUACUACAGCCUAAACUCUAUUUCUUUUCCCUUGCGAAUUAAUUCGCAGAAAAAAACAACUUGAAUCAGCUGAUUACCGUAUGGAUUUAACAUUUUACCUGGGACAUCCUAUUGUACUUUAAAGUGUAAACUGUUUUCUUACAAUGAUUACAAAGACAACAAAGAAACAUUUAUAUACCACCGUUAUCACCUCAUGGUUUCCAUGUGAUUCAUAAUAUGAUCCAAGAAAUUGAACAAUCAAUCGACGGAGCUCAAGGAAAAAAAUCUUCCAAAAAUGUAAACCAACAAGAGAAAAAUAUUCAACACGAGAUAAUAUUCUGAGAAUCAUCUGUUAAUUGGUUGGAUUCAUCAAAUAAUAAUAUUGGAAAACAAAGGAAAUGAAUUAUAUACCCGAUCCAAAUUUUUCUCUUUCCCUGCUCUCACUUUCUUUCUAUUCUCUUCCUCUCUCUUCCUUCCUUUCUCUCUCUCUCUUUCUUCAAGAUAUCAAUGUAAAAGAAGAAUACUUUUCAUUCAAUGAGCUAUGGAUGAUAAUUAUACCAAUCGAUUGUGAAACAUCCCUAGAAAAAGGAAGAAGAGGAAGAGAAUAAGAAUCUUUUUCUACCUUUUCUUUUCAUUCUA